CGUUUGUUGCGAUUCCUUAGCAAAGUUUGCGUGGAUUUGUCAACAUUUGGAGCCAUGAAGGCUUGUUCGGGUUCUGGGUCGACGACCAGCGAAUGCCUCAUUUUGUUGCAAAGGAUCUUUUAGCUCCGAUUCUACGACGUACGGAAAGAAAGAAAAAAAAAGUGGUGGAAGAUUGUUGGUAACAGACCAAAAGCCAGCUCGCAGCUCAUUUCGCAUCCAAUAAUCUCUGACUUUCCUUUUUGUCAGCCCGAGUUGAUUUAACGAGGGAAGGGAAGUUAUUCAUUGAGCCCUUUCCACGCUGAUCUGCUUCCAUCAUUCCAAAGUUCUUUUCUGUUUUGUGUCUGUUAAAACGGACAAAAAAUGGUACUGUUGCUAUGACAACAUCCGAAUCGGACUCUUGUCUCCGGUAGUUGGAGCCGCUCUAGUACGACAACAGAAGACUUUCGAGACAUAAAGACCAAACGACGGGCUGCGAGUUAGCAUCCGGUCCAACAUCCGCGCAAGGCGAAGAAGCCUGAGCAGCGGCCAUUCAAAGCAAGCCAACGCCGACUGAGCGGCACACUAGCUUAGCAAUUAGCUUCAAGUUUGUCAAUCAACAAUCAACAAUUGGCUCGUCGUGUCAGAAAAGGUCCACCGCCAUCCUCUUCCUCUUCCUCUCCCUCUUCCUGAUGAAGGUGCCGACGAUGGAGGAAAGCGGUCUGCCCCUGAGGGUCCCCCCCCAGAUGUCCAUCUACGCCGACCAGCACAACGUCAUACACCUCGUCCAGAGCAUGGUGUCCAGCCUGGCUGUGGACCAGCCUGAAGAUCCCAUCGCGUACCUUCUGCUUCUGCUGCAGGAGAGCAGCGUGCACGUUCCCAGGGUGGUCCUGCUGGGUCCUCCCGCGGUGGGCAAAACCUCCCUGGCCAGGAAGCUGCGCGCCGAGCUCGGAGCUGUUCACGUCACCAUGGAGACGCUACUGGACGACCCAUCGCAGCUCAGCGAGCGAGCGCGCCGGUACGCGCUCGGACAGCAGGAGGUUCCCGAUGAUCUUCUGGUCGACUUGAUUCGGGAGCGACUCAAACGGGCCGACUGCUUCAACACGGGCUGGGUUCUCGACGGACUUCCUCAGACGCGGAUGCAGGCUCGGGGUCUCCAGCAGGGCGGCGUCAUUCCCAAACACGUGGUGCUGCUGGACGCCGGCGAAGACGUUCUUCUGGAGCGGCACCGCGGCCGGCUGCUGGACCCGCUCACCGGAGACGUGUACCACGAGACGUUCGUGCGGCCGUGCGACGACGCGGCGGCGCGCCGUGCGCGGAAGAGGCCCGACGCCUGCGACGGCGGUCCGAUGGCUGACCUGCAGCGACAUCGCUGCGAGGUCACCGGGAUAAGCUCCGCCUACCGACACAUCCUCAAGACGGUGGACGCCGACCAGCCGCCGACGGACGUCUACCGACAAGUGGUGGCGUUCUUGCGGACUCGACGCUGUUCCAGAACUCCCCGAGUUCUCCUGUUAGGUCCUCCGGGCUCGGGCAAGAAACAUCAAGCCAAGAUGCUGGCUGACAAAUACAAGAUGGUGGAUUUGUGUUGCGGUGACCUUCUCCGUUGGGCUGAAGCGGACCCGUCUUUGAUAGGGGAGGAGGUCCGGACGUACCUGCAGCACAAUCGCACAGUUCCAAACAGCGUGACCUUGAAAGUCCUCCAAGAGCGUCUGAACCGCGCAGACUGCAGCCAGCGGGGUUGGAUCCUGCACCACCUGCCGUGCGACCUCCAGCACGCCAAACACCUCAUGCGCUCUCUCAACGCGCCCAACAGGGUUUUCUUUCUGGAGUUGACCGACGACGUUUGUUUCCAAAGAACUGCGAUGAAGCACACGCCGGCCGAUGCCAGCGUUCACACGGCGGCCAGCGACGUCCAUGAGUGCGAUGACAACACACGCACUGUCACACACGCACUCGGCGUGUACAGGACGCACACUGCAGGCCUGCAGGGUGUGUUUCCAGAUGGCGUCCACGUGGAUGCGGAUCAGGAUCCUCGGUGCGUGUUUGAGGCUCUUGAUCGACAACUCACUAUACGAACACACACACACUGACGCACGCGCACGUGUCGGGUCAUUUUGCGCGAGCGUCUGGGCGUGAACUGUGGCUGACGGCAGCUCCCGUGUGAGUGUGCUUAUUGUGUCUUGCUGUUGACAUAGCAUUCAAUAAACACGCGGAAAGCGA